CACCCCCAUCGCCCCGCCCCUUCCCGUGAGCGCCCGGAGCCACUUCCGGUGGCGGCUCCUUUGCCGGCUCCAGGCUCGAGCGGCCCCGGGCCCGUUCCGAAUCCCUGACGUGCCCCUAGGAGCGCCGGCGAGACCUCCGUUCGGUCUCCAGGAACCGAGCAGAGGCCGGGAAGGCCUGUCCCGUGCCGUUUCCCUCAGAACGUCCUGCACUGAGGUGGUAAAAUGUGCUGCGAGAAGUGGAGCCGCGUGGCCGAAAUGUUUCUCUUCAUUGAAGACCUGGAAGAGGAUUAUAAAAUCCUUUGCCUCUGCUCCAGGGCAUUUGUAGAAGAUCGAAAAUUGUGCAAUUUGGGAUUAAAAGGCUACUAUGUCAAAGGCAGUGGCGACAAUGCAGGAGACCAAGCUCCAGAAGAGGAAGAAGGGGAGGAAGGUGGCACUGCAGAGUCACAUGACAGUAAAGGCUUAGGCCUUGAUGAAAGUGAACUUGAUUCUGAGGCUGAACUCAUGAGAAGUAUGGGACUACCACUUCAGUUUGGUGGGAUAUCUGCACAUAAGAAUUUUGAGGUUUCUAUGAAUACUAGAAAUAAAGUUAGAAUAAAAAAGAAAAAGAAAAAACAUCAAAAGAAGUACUUAGAUGAAAUUAUAAGAGAAUCUUGGAGACAAGAAUAUGAAGAUGACAUUUUGGCUUCAGAUGAUCCAUCUUCAGUUGAACAGUAUGAGAGCACCAAAACAUGUAAACGUCAAACCAAAAAAGAUACUGAAACUGAAAAUCUUCCUGUUGAAAAUACAUUAACUCCAAAGCUAGAAAUCACAGAAAAAUGGGAAAGAUAUUGGAACGAAUAUGGUGGAGGAAUAUUAUGGCAAAGCUGGCAAGAAAAACAUUCAGAUCAGACACUAUGUUCUGAACCUUGGAACAUUCCUGAUACAAAGGAGGAAUGGGAACAACAUUAUAGUCAACUUUAUUGGUAUUAUUUGGAACAAUUUCAGUAUUGGGAAGCUCAGGGUUGGACUUUUGAUACCUCACAAACCUGUGAAACAGAUACUUGUGGGUCUAAAAUAGAAGUUGACAAUGAGAAAGAAGAAAAUUGCAUGAAAGCAGACUUAAUGUCUUUUCCAUCUCCAUCUAUUACAAUUGAUAGUGAAAGCUCUAGUUCAAGUGAUAAAGAGCAUAUUGAAAUUCUUGGUGGAAUUAAUAACAUAAGUUUAAAUUCAGAGGAAGUGGAACAAAGCCAGUUAGAUUCUUCAGUAAGUUGUGAUGGACAUCAGUGGCUAAGUGAAGUCAGCAGCAGCAGAGAAUGUCCUGCUUCUGGCCAGAGUGAACCAUGUAAUGGAGGAACCAAGGAUAGCAGCUUGUCUGGGAACAGAAGCACAAACCAACCAGCUCAGGAUUCACAGGACUCUUCAGAAGCAAACACAAUCAAAGAAAGACCACAUCCCAACAAUAUUGAUGGAGAUGAGAGUGAAGAAGAUCCACCUGAACGUAAGCCAAGCAAACUCAAGAGGAGCCACGAACUGGACAUUGAUGAAAACCCAGAUUCAGACUUUGAUGACAGUGGUUCCCUUCUAGGAUUCAAGCAUGGCCCAGGACAAAAAUAUGGUGGAAUUUCAAACUUCAGUCAUCGGCGGGUCAGAUACCUACAGAAGAAUGUGAAGUAUAAGUCAAAGUUCCUGGACAUGAGAAGACAAAUAAAUAUGAAAAACAAACACAUUUUCUUUACUGAAGAAUCAGAAAAAGCAUUCAAAAAAAGCAAAACCUUGACUAAGGUAGAAAAAUUCCUAAAAUGGAUUAAUGAGCCAAUGGAUGAGGAAGCAUCACAGGAAUCAGUUUCUCAUGACAAUGUGCAAGACACCUGCACAAGCAGUGAUUCAGAGGAACAAGAAAUGCCUGUUAAAAAAGAUGAUGACCCACUGGAGACAAGUAAUCCAGAGCCUGAAAAGUGUCAUGCCAUGUCUUCAGCUGGUGAACUUGAAACAGGAAAAAAUGAAGGAGACAGCACAGUAGUAGCUAUUACGGAUAAGGAAGAUGGUGUUACUCAGAUUACCCCAGAUUCUCUUCAGGUAGAAACUGAAGUGGAAAGUAAAAAGAAGAAGAAGAAAAAGAAAAACAAGAACAAAAAGGUAAUUGGUCUGCCUCCUGAGAUAGCUGCUGUUCCUGAGCUGGCAAAAUACUGGGCACAGAGAUACAGACUCUUCUCCCGUUUUGAUGAUGGGAUUAAACUGGACAGAGAGGGCUGGUUUUCAGUUACUCCUGAGAAGAUUGCUGAACACAUUGCUGGCCGGGUCAGCCAGUCCUUCAAGUGUGACAUUGUAGUAGAUGCAUUUUGUGGAGUUGGAGGAAAUACUAUUCAGUUUGCGUUAACAGGAAAGAGAGUGAUUGCCAUUGAUAUUGAUCCUGUGAAGAUUGAUCUUGCUCGCAAUAAUGCAGAAGUUUAUGGAAUAGCAGACAAGAUAGAGUUCAUCUGUGGAGAUUUCCUCUUGCUGGCUUCACAUUUAAAGGCUGAUGUUGUGUUUCUUAGCCCUCCUUGGGGAGGACCAGAUUACGCUACUGCGGAGACCUUUGACAUCAGGACCAUGAUGUCUCCUGAUGGCUUUGAAAUCUUCAGGCUUUCCCAGAAGAUAACUAAUAAUAUUGUUUAUUUUCUUCCAAGAAAUGCUGAUAUUGACCAGGUGGCAUCCUUAGCCGGGCCUGGAGGGCAAGUGGAAAUAGAACAAAACUUUCUUAACAAUAAGUUGAAGACAAUCACUGCUUAUUUUGGGGACCUGAUUCGAAGAUCAGCCUCUGAAUCGUAACUGUGAGGGGGUACAAGGACAGAAAGUUCAUGUGUGGUCAGAACAUUAUUCAGAUGAGACCCUUGGGAUUUCUUUCUGUAUUCACUAAUAUUUUGUACCCAUGAUCUUAUAACACCAUAUGAAAUGGAAAUUUAGAGUAGAUUAAGGAAUAUUAAUGAAGUACUUUGACUUCUUUGGAUAAUUUUAACUCUGUACGUUAUACAUUAGGAUAGUAAGUAUCUGAAAUGGGAAAGGUGGGUUUUCCCUGUGCUUACUCUCAGAAGUGUGUAUAUAUGUAUGUGUAUGUGUCUGGGUUUUUUUGGUUUUUUUUUUUGUUUUUUUUUUCAUAAUUGCAUGUGUUUUGGUUUAACAUCUUUGUAAGUAUGUGUAAA